UCACCUAGCAGCCCUACUGAGGAGAGUGUUUCUUCAAGGUAAAUUUCCCGUCUGGCUGUUUGUGGUCUCCCCGUCUUUCUGAUCUGUUGCCUAAAGCAAUAAAAAAUGGCCAGAGGAUCCGUGUCUGAUGAAGAGAUGCUGGAGCUCAGCGAAGCCUUUGCCAAAGUUGAUACCGAUGGCAAUGGGUAUAUCAGCUGCAGUGAGUUGAAUGAUUUGUUCAAGGCUGCCUGCUUGCCUCUGCCUGGGUACAAAGUGCGAGAAAUUACAGAAAACCUGAUGGCUACCGGAGACCUGGACAGAGAUGGGAGGAUCAGCUUUGAUGAGUUUAUCAAGAUUGUUCGUGGGCUAAAGAGCACGGAGGUGGCCAAGACCUUUAGGAAGGCCAUCAACAAGAAGGAGGGGAUCUGUGCCCUCGGGGGGACCUCGGAACAGUCCAGUGUGGACACCCAGCAUUCCUAUUCAGAAUAUGGAUGUGACCCAAGGAAAACUACUUUUUAUUCCCCAUUGAACAUUGAGCAGAUUCUAACUUGGCUAUCUAAAAUGAUCAAUUUGUCAGUGCCAGACACUAUAGACGAAAGGACAAUCAACAAAAAGAAACUCACCCCUUUCACCAUCCAGGAAAACUUGAACCUGGCUCUGAACUCUGCCUCAGCCAUCGGGUGCCAUGUGGUCAACAUCGGAGCUGAGGACUUAAAGGAGGGGAAGCCUUACCUGGUCCUGGGUCUCCUGUGGCAAAUCAUCAAGAUUGGAUUGUUUGCCGACAUUGAACUCAGCAGAAAUGAAGUUCUGAUUGCUCUUCUGAGAGAAGGGGAGAGCCUGGAAGACCUGAUGAAGCUCUCCCCCGAGGAGCUCCUGCUGAGAUGGGCCAACUACCACUUGGAAAAUGCCGGCUGCAACAAAAUCAACAACUUCAGUACUGACAUCAAGGACUCAAAAGCUUAUUACCACCUGCUUGAACAGGUGGCUCCGAAAGGCAAUGAAGAAGGUAUUCCUGCUGUUGUCAUCGACAUGUCAGGACUCAGGGAGAAGGACGACAUCCAGAGAGCAGAGUGCAUGCUGCUCCAAGCAGAGAAGCUGGGCUGUCGCCAAUUUGUCACAGCCAUCGAUGUGGUCCGAGGAAACCCCAAGCUGAACUUGGCCUUCAUCGCCAACCUCUUCAACAGAUACCCUGCCCUGCACAAGCCGGAGAACCAAGACAUCGACUGGGGGGCUCUCGAAGGUGAGACGCGGGAGGAGCGGACAUUCAGGAACUGGAUGAACUCCUUGGGAGUGAACCCUCGAGUCAACCAUUUGUACAGUGACUUAUCAGAUGCCCUGGUCAUCUUCCAGCUCUAUGAAAAGAUCAAAGUCCCUGUUGACUGGAACAAAGUGAACAAACCACCGUACCCCAAGCUGGGGGGCAAUAUGAAAAAGUUGGAGAAUUGUAACUACGCAGUCGAACUGGGGAAGAAUCAAGCCAAGUUCUCCCUGGUUGGCAUUGCUGGGCAAGAUCUCAACGAAGGAAAGCGCACCCUAACAUUGGCUUUAAUUUGGCAGCUCAUGAGAAGGUACACGUUGAAUAUCCUGGAGGACAUUGGCGAUGGACAGAAGGUCAACGACGACAUUAUUGUCAACUGGGUGAAUGAAACACUGAAGGAAGCAGGGAAACAUUCGUCUAUCUCCAGUUUCAAGGACCCGAAGAUUAGUACAAGUCUGCCCGUUCUGGAUCUCAUCGAUGCCAUUCAGCCAGGUUCCAUUAACUAUGACCUUCUGAGGACUGAGAGCCUGGAUGAGGAGGAGAAGCUCAACAAUGCGAAAUAUGCCAUCUCCAUGGCUCGAAAAAUCGGGGCCCGAGUAUAUGCCCUUCCAGAAGACCUGGUUGAAGUGAACCCCAAGAUGGUGAUGACAGUGUUCGCUUGCCUCAUGGGAAAAGGAAUGAGGAGAGUGUGAAGCCCAUCAGGCUGGUGGGCCUGGCUGGCUGACCCAGGAUACUCUCCAGAAGUCCCCGGAUCUGUUACGACCUCUCCUUUUCCCCUCAUACCCUCUGUCUGCCUGUGAUCUUGCUCUCCACCCUCCCAGUGCCGUGCAGUGCACUGCUGGAAUCUAAGCCUACUGGUCCAGCUGUGUAUUAGAUGAAGGGCAAAGGUCAAUGGUGUCUCAGCCGCUGUUGUCUGUGUUCUCGUUCCGUGGCCAAGAGCUGACAUUCUACCAGCCAACACACACAUGCAAGGUGAUAGAUCUAGUCUGUGCUAGCCUCCUAGUGGGCUCAGAUUAUAUGUCUGCAGUGCAUUCUCCCAAGCUUAUGAUCCAGAAAGGAGAGCUGUCUGCUCAGAACAAGAGAACAAAUUAGAAAUAUUACCUGAUCGUCUUUCAAAAUCCAGUCACUCUGACAGUUUCCCAAUAAAAAUCUGGUAAUUAAACUCUCUACUGCUGAUGACUACGUAACCUGACUACUUAACCCAAUGUCACUUAACCUGUCUUUCUCAGAGUCAAGAGUUUGCCAACUGAGCAUGUGCAGA